AUGAGCUCAAAACGGCGGACUGCUGCUGAAUUAUCUUCACUUCAUUCGUAUCGUACAGAUUUAUCACGUGCUUGUUCAUUACUUACAAAACAUCCAAUAUUAAUUGAAAAAUUACUUGCAUUACAUCCACAAUUUGAUUUACGUCGUUAUUUUCUUUUAGAACAAUCUUGUCGUGCUUAUUUUACAUAUUUACAAUUAAGUAAUACAAAUACUUAUGGAAAUUUAAAUGAAAAAAAAUCAAAUAAUAAUGAUGAUGCAUCAAAUGUUCUUGUUACAUUACGUUUAUUACGUGUACUUGUACGUCAUCCUCAACAAUUACGUACGAUAUUUGAAACAAAUCUUGUUAAUGUUCCAACUGUUGCAUGGAAACGUCUUAUACCACAAUUAUUUUCUCGUCUAAAUCAUCCUGAUAGUUUUGUUCGAGAUUAUGUUACAAAUUUAUUAAUACGUAUAGCAAAAGAUUAUCCACAAUUAAUACUUUAUUCAGUUAUUGUUGGAAUAACUGAUGAUUCAAAAAUGAGACGAAUUAAAUCACGAGAUGAAAACAUUUAUCAAAGAAAAUCUUCAAGUACACAUGAAUCAGAUGAUGAAAGAUCACAAAAUGAUAUUGAAAAUGAUGAUGAUAAUGAUGAUGAUGAUGAUGAAGAAGAAGAAGACAAUAAUGAAGAUGUUGAAGAAGAUGAUGAUAUUGAAAAACAAGAAAACGUUGUAGCUAUGCAAAAUAGUUUCAGAUUAAUCUAUAAUGUACUUUCGGAAACAAACGCACAUGUUGUUGGACAAGUUAAAUUAUUUGUACAUGAAUUACGACGUGUUACUGUUCUAUGGGAUGAACUUUGGUUAGGAACAAUGGCACAACUUCAAGAAGAAAUUAGUCGACGCGUCGAUGUUCUUAAAGAUGAACUUCAUCGUCUUGAAUCCAUGACACAUUUAACAAAGGAAGAAAAAGAAUUUCUAAUUAAAGAAAAACAAGAUGUUUUAUUUAAAUCUUUUAUUACCGUUCUUGAAGCAGUUAGUCAAAUAACUCGUUCACCUGCUGAAACACCACGUGAACAAACAUUUCAAAAAGAUUAUAGUAAACAAAUCGAUGCAGCUAUUGAACAAUUAAAACAACCUAUUACAUUAUCGAAUCCACAUUCAUGCUGGUUACAACUUCGACAGCUUUAUUCAAUGUUACAUCGUACUGGUAAACGAUCAGGCACAAUUCAUGCUAUGAGUCAAAUAAGUCCAAAAUUAGCACAAAUAAAACACAGUGCUAUACCAAUUCCUGGUGAAGAUGGACAGUUUCAUACAAUUCAUAGUGUUGGUCAAACUGUUCAAGUAUUACCAACAAAAACGCGUCCGAAAAAAUUAAUGUUUGUUGGAUCAAAUGGUCAUCGAUAUCAAUAUUUAUUAAAAGGUCUUGAAGACCUCCAUUUAGAUGAACGUAUUAUGCAAUUAUUAUCAAUAAUAAAUGUUAUGUUUAAUAAAAUAAAUCGUAAUGAACCAUGGUCAUAUGAAGCUAGAAAUUAUACUGUUAUACCACUUGCAUCAAGAAGUGGUUUAAUACAAUGGGUUGAAGGUGCAACGCCGUUAUUUUCACUUUAUAAACGAUGGCAACAACGACAAGCAACAGCACAAACUUGGAAAGCUCAAAAUGAAAACCAAGAAAUUACUUUAGCUACAGUACAAAAACCAAAUGACGUUUAUUAUUCAAAAUUAAAUGCUAUAUUAAAAGAAAAAGGUAAACAACCAGUAGAAGAUCGACGUGAAAUACCAAUGCCAAUAUUACGCCAAUGUAUUGAAGAAUUAAUACGUGAAACACCAGCAGAUCUUUUAUCACGUGAACUUUGGUGUAGUUGUCCAAGUGUUGGUUUAUGGUAUAAAAAUGUUCAAAAUUAUAGUCGUUCAUUAGCUGUAACAUCAAUGAUUGGAUAUAUGAUUGGUUUAGGUGAUCGUCAUCUUGAUAAUGUUCUUGUUGAUUUAAAGACAAUGAAGAACAUAGAUGCAUGUAUAUCUGAAUUACAAAUAUUUAUUAACCAAUCAUCUACCGAUAUUACAACUUAUAAAAAUUUACUUGAUACACAACUUCAGAAUUUAGAUAAUAAUGAAUAUACAAAUUAUCGUAAUACACUUUUACUUAUGUUAUUUGAUCGAUGGCAACAUUGUCGUCAAAUGAGUGAUACAGCACGAAACAUUUUUAAUCUUUCAUCAUUAACAGAUACCAAUAAUGAGACAUUUAUUAAUGAAACUUAUACACUUAUCAGUAAUACUGCUUAUCUUGCUUUAAUUGUUCAACAAAAUAGUAUAACAAUGUCGUCGAAUUCUUCACUUAUUGAUUCAACAGUCAAAUUAAUUAGCAGUUUAGAAAAUAUCUUUCGUUUAUUAAAGAAUUUAUUAAACAAUUUUGAAUCGACUACAAUUCCAUGUUUAAUUCGUGGUGCUUGUUCUAAACAGAAUAGUCUUCUAUUAUGUAUGGAUUUAUUAAAUAAUGCUUUCAAACAAAUCCAACCAAUGACAACUUCAAAUUCAACAACAGCAGUUGAUGACACAUGUCAAACAGUUUAUCAGCAGCUUCGUUCAUCCUGGGCAACAACAUCAAAUGAAAUAUUUGAUACAUUUUUAAAUUUAUCAAAUUCUUUGGAUGAUCUUGAUAAAGAGUUAAAUAAUAUUUAUACAAGUUUUCAAACAUUGAGCAUACCAUCUGUUUGGUUACAAUCAUCAUUAUUUGAUUGGAAACAGACGAAUAUUGAUAAUGAUGUACAUCGGCAAUUUCUAACAAAUUUUUUUGCUAUGAGUAAAAUUGCAACAAUGCAACAAGUGUGUCAAUUGAUUGUUGAUCAUUCACAAACAUUUGAUAAUCUUAAAUUACAAAUUACAAAAGAUAAUGAUCUUAGUGAUAUAAUUAGACAAUUUAUUAUUCUCUACAUUGUCCAAUACCUUGUUGAUUUACCUUCUCUUGCAACAAGUUAUUUAAUGUUAUCAUUAAUUCCAUCAUCUCAAUCUAUUCUUGAAAAUAAUCUUAUUCAGACUGAGAAUCAAUUUCAAGAUUAUAUCAAUAAUCUUUGCAUAAUAACAGCAACAAAUCAAAUAGCUGACCUUCAAAAAAUAUUUCUACAAAUAAAUGGUAUUUGGCAAAAUGACAAUACUGCUGAGCAUAUAAAAACUUCAUUAGAUAUAUUACAAAUGCGUAAACAUACAAAUGAAAUGCAACUAAUAGCAUAUCGUUGGAAAAAUUUUUAUUUACUUAAUUCGAAUAAUAAAAAUCAACAACGACAAACCAUAUGUGAAGAGUUAACCACGGAUCAAAGUAUAUUAACUAUUAAUGAUAGUAUAUCUACAAUGAUUAUUGAUAAAAUGACUAGUCUUGAACAAACGGUUAUUCAACGAUUACGAUGGGCUGCUGGUGCAAAUCCAUUAGUUCAAGAUGUACUUGAUAAAUUUGAAAUGCGACAAAAAGAACGUGCUAAUGAAAUAGAUAAUGAUAAACAACUUUGUUUACAUCUUGUUAAAAUUCUUCAAUCAUGGCUCCUUUUUGAACAAUAUGAAGAACAAAUAAAAUUGCAACGAGAUUUAAUUAUUCAUGCAAGAACAUUUGCAGAAAAAGGUUUAGAAAUUUGUCAAUUAAAACAUGAUAUUGAAUCAAAUUUUACUAUUGUUGAACAAGCAAUUUUAGAAUUUCCACCGGUUGAAAAUUUAAAACAAAUAACAUUACAAAAUCUUCCAUCAUUAAUUGAACAAGCAGAAAAUGAAUGUAUGAAACAUAAGCGAAAUCGAAUUAAAGAAGAAAGAGAACUUGAAAAUCGUCGUGAUGAAACAAGUCAUUUAAUAAGUGAAUUAAAAGAACAUAUGUCUCAACAUAAUACUAUCUUCAAAGAUAUAUCAUCUGUAUUAAAAAGUUUAUUAAAAAUUAUUCCACAUCGUGCAUUACAAAAUUAUUCAAAUAUUCAUCGUGAAUUUCUUGAAUUAUGCCAUAAUAUUGUUAAACAUACACUUCAUAUUGAUACAACUAGUUCUAUGAAAUAUGAUGUACUUAUAACAAAAAUGAAACGAAUUAUAACAAUUAAAACUAAAGUUUUCGAUGAUUUAAUUCAAUUAAAUCCAACUAUUGAUAAUGAAAAUCGAGAAAGAACAAGUUCAUCAACAGUAAAUAUUAGUACACAACAUGAAACUACAGACAAAACAACAAAAGUUACUGAAGAACGAAAUAAAUAUGCUGUUGAAAUCUGUAAACGAAUUCGUGAUAAACUUGAUGGUUCAGAUCCUGAUCCAUUAACUCAAAGUUCUAUUAGUGAACAAGUUCGUUAUACUAUUCGUGAAGCAACAGAUAUCGAAAAUUUAGCAACACUUUAUGAAGGAUGGACAUCAUGGGUAUGA